AUAAAAUUCAAUCCAGAAAUGUUUGGAGGAAAUAUGAGCUUUGCGAGACUAAAUCCCAUAAGAUAUGGUCAAAAAAGAGAGCCUGAACUACCACCUUUGAUCAAACAUGAAAUAAUUUACAUCCAAAGCAGUUCCAACGAGAUUGAUAAGUUAUGAAAAGAAACUAGUGAUUAUAUAACCUCCCUAAAAUAAGCAUAACAGUCGAGGCCGGAUUAAGAAACUACGCCAAGAACUUAAGCUGAUUGGUGUCAAUAGAUCCCUUGUCACCCUUCCUAGAAAAAAGAAUCAUCGAAGAAAGAAAACUUAUACCUUUAUAACCCCUAGAAAGUCUUCUCAAGACUUGACUCUUCUAGCCUAUAAAUAGAUAUUCAAAGAAACAACUUGUUUCAGAGUAUGGGUCAAAAAUUAAAAUUCCCUCCUGUCAUUCGAUGUCAAAUCUAGAUGUGUCAGUGCCCAAGAGUCAUAGAGAAGUUCCGUUACGUAUAAAGAUCGAAACUAGGAAGAUCAAUGGACGGAGGAUAAGAAUUCCUCUUCAGCAAGAUUAAAUUUGUUCAA